AUGCUGCGACUGCAGCGUGUGAGUUUGUGCCUCAGAAGCCUUUUCCACAGUGGGACAGUCAAAAGAGAUCUUAUUCUGGAGCAACUGCGUGUGUGCAACAUUGAAGACCAUGUUUUUGAUGUGGUGGGAAAGAACAGGGCCAAACUAAAUGUCGAUCAUGUUAGUAUGGCUGUUGGGAUGCUGUGGGAGUUUCAAAAAGAGAAACCUCAGUUGCUCCGUAAUGUAGAUCUGAUCAAGACUCACCCUCAGUUUCUGACUUUACGAGUUUUGGCAGAAAACAAAAUUGCCCAAAUGGAUAAUUCGAUGUUGAUUGAUACACUCUACAGCUUUCUUCGAUUAAACGUGGAUCAACAUGACUCUCUCAUUCAGCAGAUGGUGUCAGAAGCAUGGUUGCGUCUGAACAAAUUCUCAAUGGUGUCUCUAUCAAAGUUUUCAAUCUGUCUCAGUGAUCAGUAUUUACAGCACAGUCCACUUAUGGGACAAAUCACAAACAUCCUGGCUCAAAAUCUGUCAACAAUCAAUGAUGCAAGGAUUUUGACAACUUUGAUGAUCACAAGUCAAGAAAUAACGGACGGGUUGGAAAAUACUGCUCUCUUGUUAGCAGAUGAGUUUAAUGCACAACAGGCAUUGGCUAUAGCUGAAGGAUUAGAAGAGAUUCAGAGUAGAAAUCUAAGCCUCAUGAACAAAAUUGCUGCAGUGAUACAAAGAAACCUUCAUGUCUACAGACCAGUGGAAGUGGCCAGAAUCACACAAACACUCUGUCUUCUACAGUAUCAAAACCCUGAGCUGUAUACCAAGCUAAGAAAUAUUUUGACAAAAUUCUUACAGAAUAGUGUAUUUCCCUUUGAAGUCACCAUGCUUACCCGUGUAUUGUCGUUGCUGCCUUCCCCUUGUGUGGAUGAGAGCCUUAUCACACGAAUAGAAGCCGUGGUGCCUCAGUGCAACCUCGGUGACCUGAACACCAUUGCCAAUGCUGUGGCCAAGUGGGUUCGCAAUGACGCCUCAUACAGCCAUAACACUCCUAGUAAGUACAUCCGACUCCUGCAAGCCCUGAACCGCGCCGGGCAUGAACGACUCCAAACAGCCGAACGACUGGACCUGUUGCUAGAAGAGAUCAACCCUUCAUUGAUGGAACGCAUUGCUGAUGUUGUCAUUGAAGACAUUGAUAAGAUUCACUAUUCUGCAACCUAUGCUACUGUGCUUCCAUUUACGGUGAUGAAUUAUGACAGUGUCAAGGUAGAUGAAAUGUAUGAGGCCUGUAUUCGUCACUUUACUCCACAUAUCAGUUUUUUUGACCCGCAUCUACUAGUUCUUUUGGCAUACUCCUUGGCAGUCGCUGACUGUUAUCCUGAGGAAGUUAUCAAAGACAUUUUCAGUAUCGACUUUUUGGGAAAACUUGACUCCCAAUUAGAAACCCUUCCAGAUGCACUCAACUUGCGCGUUCGACUCCGAUUGAUGGAGCUGAAUCGAGCAGUGUGUCUGGAGUGUCCCGAGUACCAGGUGCCCUGGUUCCAUGAGCGGUACUGUCAGCGCCUUCAGGACAAAGGAAAUGGGUCCAUCAACCUUCUGCAUCAGCAGAUUUACAAAAUGCUUGGAGAAAUUCUUGGUGGAAUGAACUAUGUCCGACUUGCUGUUGUCACUCCAUAUUUCUAUACCAUUGAUUUUGAGUGCAUAUUGGACAAGGAGCUUAAACCACUGCCUUAUGUUGAGUCAGGACCAGAACCCAUUCCCAGCAGAGGGCAAGUUCAGUGGGGGACAGGCUCUACCUCCAUCAGGGAAGAGCUGCCCCCUGGUGCUCAGAGACUCGCUGUGGAUUUUCUUGACUCAAAGUCAUUUUGUAAAAACUCUCGUCACAUGAAAGGAGAAACCUUGAUGAGAAAAAGGCAUCUGGAAAUCUUGGGAUAUUAUGUUAUUCAGAUUCCUCACUUUGAAUGGAACUCUAUGGAACUUUCAACACAAGAUGCUUGGAAGGAUUAUUUGAAGAAACAAAUAUUUAGGGGAUGUUCUUUACCAUGA